CCGGAAAGGCUCGGUUUCACCUUGUAUCGCCGCGCAGUGGCACACGUUUGCAUUUAGCUGGAAAUUUGACAUUCAAAUGAGAGAUAAAUGUCGGCGUGAGUCCGCAGCGCAUCUGGCUGUUCUUCGGAAGGAGGGGAAACAUGAAGCAAGACGUGAGGAUUUUGCUGCUGGGGGAACCCAAGGUGGGGAAAACCUCACUGAUCAUGUCUCUGGUGGGAGAGGAGUUCCCAGAAGAGGUUCCCUCCAGAGCUGAGGAGAUCACCAUCCCCGCUGACGUGACUCCAGAGAAGGUUCCCACGCACAUCGUGGAUUACUCAGAAAAGGAGCAGAGUGAUACGGUCCUCAAAGAUGAAAUCAUCAAGGCUAAUGUGAUCUGUGUCGUGUACGACGUCACCAACGAGGACACGAUAGACAAGAUCAAAACAAAGUGGAUCCCUUUAGUCAACGGAGAUGCAGAGAAGGGAAACAAGAUACCCAUCAUUCUCGUGGGGAACAAGUCAGAUCUGCGCUGCGGGAGUUCAAUGGAGACCAUUCUUCCCAUCAUGAACCAGUUUUCUGAGAUCGAGACCUGCGUCGAAUGUUCUGCGAAGAACCUGAAAAACAUCUCAGAGCUGUUCUACUAUGCACAGAAAGCCGUUCUUCACCCCACCGCGCCUCUUUACGACCCCGAGGACAAACAGCUCAAGCCUCUGUGUGUUCGAGCCCUCAGUAGAAUAUUCUACAUCUCUGACCAGGACAACGACCGAAUCCUCAGUGAUGCUGAACUCAACUGCUUUCAGAAAUCUUGUUUCGGAAACCCGCUGGCGCCUCAAGCCUUAGAAGACGUGAAGACGGUGGUCUGGAAGAACACAAGCGACGGGGUCCAGGACAACGGUCUGACCCUGAACGGUUUCCUGUUCCUAAAUACAUUAUUUAUUCAGAGGGGCCGGCAUGAAACCACGUGGACCAUCCUGAGGAAGUUUGGAUACGACGACUGCCUCGAGCUGACGGAUGACUACCUUUACCCAGAACUCAGAGUUCCUGUCGGCUGCACCACAGAGAUCAAUCAUCUGGGUCACCAGUUCCUCCAGCAGCUGUUUGACAAGUACGACGAAGAUAAGGACUCUGCUCUGUCGCCCACGGAGCUCAGGAACCUGUUCUGCGUGUGUCCCUACAUGCCGUGGGGCGCAGACGUGUACAUGGCCGUCCCCACCACCGACGAGGGCUACAUCUCCAACCACGGCUACCUCUGUCAGUGGAUGCUCUCCGCAUACCUCGACAUCCACCGUUGCCUGGAACACCUGGGAUACCUGGGCUAUCCCAUCCUGACCGAGCAGCCGUCACAGACCACCGCCAUCACAGUAACGAGGGAGCGAGACGUGGAUCUGGAGAAGCGCCAGACGCAGCGAUCGGUGUUCCUGUGCAAGGUGAUCGGACCUCGAGGGACGGGCAAGACGGCCUUCCUCCAAGGCUUUGUGGGCCGCAAGAACGAGAUCAAGGAAAGCUCCAGCAGUGCCUUCUCCCCGUAUGUCAUCAACACCGUCCCAGUCAACAAGCAGGAGAAGUACCUUAUCCUGAACGAGGUGGACGUGGAGACGGCGUUCCUGAAAGCCUCGGACGCCUCCUGCGACGUCGCCUGUCUCAUGUACGACGCCAGCGACCCUCACUCCUUCGACUACUGCGCCAGCAUAUACAAGCAACACUACAUGGACAGCAACAUCCCGUGCGUGCUGGUGGCGUCGAAGGUGGAUCUCCCCGAGGUCAAGCAGUUCCACGGCAUGACUCCGGCGGAGUUCUGCUACAAGCACCGGCUGCCGCCUCCGCUCCCGUUCUCCAGCCUGUCCCUGGACUCCACCAGCAGGAACAUCUACUCCAGACUCGCCUGGGCGGCGAUGUAUCCACACCUGAACGGGUCGGACAUGAGCAACUCGUCGUUCUGGCUGAGAGUGGCGCUGGGCUCGGCCGUGGUCGCCGUUCUGGGCUUCGCCAUCUACAGAGCUGUCGCCAGACUGAAAUGACCGUCGGCUUCGCAGCAAACGCCCAUUUUCCUCCGACAUCCCGGCGUCCGAUCCAGACCAAACCGUCACGGACAGAUCCGGCAGCAGCGCCGCCGCCGUCGCCUGCAGAGUUCAUAUCAUUUCACUUCUUACCCUGGAAGCUCUUCCCGAGACGCCUCUCCUGCAUCCGGGACACUGGAGGUGGCGUUCUCCCUCAGCUGAUUCUCCCAGCUUCGUCUGCCUUAUGCUGUCUCGCCGGGCUGAGCCGGGAACGGCCCGUCGACGCUUGAUCAACACAGAACUGCUGAUGUUAAAUGACCCUGAAAAAAGGUGCUUUAUGAGGGGAGCGUGAAAUGCAGGAGUGCAUUGCCAGAGUUACAGCUUUGCCCAUAAUUCUUUGUUAAUGGUAAGAUUUCUUAUCAAAGGAAGAAGUGUUUCUUGAGUGUAAUUAAAAAAAAAAAUGCCAAAUUGAUGAAGCAACCAAAGGAGAGCAUGUGUAAGGAUUGUUGAAAAAAGAGGACUUCCUGUUGAGCUGCUGCCACUCCUGCAUUGAAGCUGCUUCUCUUUGUGAGAUUCGACAAACACAAGGUUAUAUGUCAUUUGCCAAAAAACAGCCAACUGCAGCGAUUGUUGGUAGCAUGGUAUUUACCCCCUAGGGUGAGAAUGAAUAAUUCUAUAUAGCUUGAAUCAUAUUUUUAAAAUGUUUUUAGCUGUAUGGCGCAGACUGAUGCGUGACGGAGCACGUCGUCUCUGCAUGAGGAACAAUUGCUCUCAUGUUAAAGAUGCUGUGGUGAAUUGCAUCUGCGAAGGAGGCCCGCUAAAUGAUGAAAACUAGGAAAAAAAACAACAAAUCUCUGCUCAGUUUUCUUCUUUUGUUCACAUUGAAUCUGAAAUAUUUAGACUGAGACUGAACUGGAUUGCGGACUUGUGGUGUUGCUGUUCACACGGACCUGGAUGCAGUUUGAUGCCACUGUGUUUCCUCGAAUCGUCUUUCAGUGAUCUCCUCGUCCGUUUCGUUGGAUCAUUCGGCCGGUCGCCUGCUGUUUCCGCAGCACACAUCCCUGACUUUUAACGCAGUGUUUUCUUACUGAAGUUGAAAUGAUUUAGUUGCUUAAUAAAAUACCAGACCAGACUGG